GGGCGGGGCUGAGGCUGAGGCUGAGGUGGAAGCGGACUCCUCGGUCCUGUCUGCACAGCGCAACGAGGGGGGCGUGGCUUCAUUUGCGACGGUGAAAUCAUUGCAAUAGUAACAACAACGGCUGAGCUGGUGGAUGACAGCCGCGAGGACCGUCAGGAGGAUACACUCUUUCUGGGCCCUCAGAGUUCGCACGGAGGUUGCGAGCCUGUACUCACCCCCUUCCUACCACUUCUUCGCUUCGGUGUUAACUAUUAUUGCUAGUACUGGUAUUAUAAUCGUUAUAAUCUCUGGUGAAACGGAUGUUGUUAAAACCUGGAAGCACCACCGAUGUAGCACGUACUGAAAGCAGCAUACUUUGUCAAGGCUGAAUUGAGACUGCGCGCGUUGACAGACGUGAACGCUGUUAAAGCGAGCGUAGACGUGACGGUUCCUGUCAGACGCGUAGAUAAACACGACUCCAUCCAAACUCUGACGGUGAUACGUUCAUUGAUAGUCCUGAAAGAUUUAGGUGGCUUUUCUGGGCUGAAGAUCAGCCCCCAAAAAGUGUCCUGUUUCUUUAAGCGGUGCCUGCGGAAAGCCGGUUCCCAUUGCAGCUCCCCUGCCUUCGAGUCCCGUGGAUUGGUUAUCCCAGCAUGAGUGACAAGCCUAAACCCUAGUCCCCGUUUCCAAUUGGUGGUUCGUUUUCUCCAUCACUGCCCUGUUUUGUCUUUGUGGGAUAUCAGCCUGCUUUGUGGGAAGCACGAAAGAGAUCUUUUUCAAAGAAAACCUUGAACUUUUGACGUUUUUUGUGUGAUGAAUAUAGUGUAUGAAAGAAUACAAGGCAAAGAUUGAUAGGCUUAUGUUGGAAACUGCAAAUCAAUAAAAACGUUGCAAGCUUUGGAAAAGAAAUCAAACUGAGACUAUUCAGAAAAGAACUUAAACUACAGGCUUAAAAGAGGAUCAAACAGAAGAAUGCAACAAACUCAGGAAGUUCAAACCUCUGGACACACAGACAGCUCCACUGUUACCCUUAGCACUGAACUCAGGAAUAAGAUAAAAUAUAAAUCUUCAGAGACAGAACUACUUCAGCCUCCUAGCCAGAAGCUUCUGCAAUGUGAACAAAAGGCAAAUGUACACAUCAGCAAUCAAGAGUAUAAGGAGGCCCUCCCAGAGCUCAUGAGGUAUAUAGCCCUGGCCAGAAUUUGCUAUGGAGAUAAUCACUGGAAAAUGGCAGAAGCCCAUGUUAAUUUGGCUCAGGGAUACCUCCAGCUCCAAGGAUUUUCACUGCAAGCAAAACAGCAUGCAGAAAAAGCCAAAGAAAUUCUUCUCGCCAGCUCUCUUAUCCCUUCAUCUGAGUCUGAACAAAGGAUGGACAUUCUUCAGUGUUCAUUUGCUAUUUCUCAUACAUUAGGAAGAGCAUUAACUGCAAUUCACAAAUUAAAAGAUGCAGAGAGAAGUUUAAUAAAAGCUCGGAAACUUUCAGAGGAAUUGCUACAAGGCCAGCACAUGCCACCAGACAAGUGGAUGGAAAUCAAAGCAGAAAUUGAGUUGUCAUUUGCACAAUUGUACCAGAGUCAGAAAAAGUCAAAAGAGGCUCUUCUGUGCUAUCAAAAAGCUCUGAACUAUACUGAGAAGAGUAAGGGUGAAGACAAUCUAGAGUGCGUGCCAAUAUACAAGAAAAUAGCAGGAGCAGCACAAAUCCUUAGGGACCAUGACACAGCAAUCCAACAUCUUGUAAAGGCUCAUUUCAUUGCCCUAAGAAAAAGCCCUUCUUCAGUGGAAGCAGGAAACACAGCUCAUUUGGUGGCACGAGCUGCAGUUGCCUCUAAGAAAUCAGACCAUAAUGAUCUGGCAGAGAAGUACUUUCAGGAGAGCAUAAACUCUUUCAAAGAAGCCGAAGGAAUGGGGAGCGCUAAGUGCCUUGCAGCUGAGGAUGAUUUCAGUCAGUUCCUUAUAGACACUGGACAACAGGAGAGAGCAGCAUUAAUGUUGAAAGGAUCGUUAGAAGCCAAAAAAGCCACAUUUGGAGAUCUCAGCCCUGAAGUAGCAGAGACAUACUGGCUCCUGGGAGUGACAGAACUGGCACAAGGACACACAAAUCUGGCACACAAGAAACUUAAGAAGUGCCUCUACUUACAGACUCUAUUAUAUGGCUCCCACAAUAAAAGAACUCUGGCAACAAAGGAAACUAUCGACUUACUAUCAAAGACCCCGGAUGUAGCAACAGAACAGAGAGGAACAGAUGAAGAAAAGCCACCGCUUCCCUGUUCCACAACACUUCGUGGUGGGAGGAACUAGCUCCAGUACAUGUGAUAAGUUCCUGACAUUUGCUAAUGACUGAACUUGUAUCUCUCCAGUGUCCACCUGAAAUCUGACAUUUGCAUCAAAGAUUGCACAUAGAGCAGAUUUCCAUGAGGACAGACCACUUGCUUAUGUGCCUACGUUCUCGAAUACAGCUGAACACCAAUUUAAUAUUAUGGGAGCAUUUGCUGUUAUCCCAUAGCUGCCUCUUCAGUAUUUUCACUUGUGAAAACAAACCAAAAAAAGGUUUUCAUUGUGGAAAUUCAUAACAUCUCUGCAAAAUUUAAUAUAGGUCAAAAAGAGAGUCAGAGUACAGUGCAAUACUGGCACUCAUUACUUCCUAUCUAUACAAGAAGUCUGAGAAAUACCUUUUUCUAACAGCGCUACACAACUUUAAGCAAGUCCUGCCAUGUUCAAAACAUCUAGGACUCCUUCGAUCUCAAGAUUUUUCCUCCUCCUUUGGAGACAAACAGUUGGAUCUGAAGAGUGCCUGGUGUCAGACUGAAGGAAUGCUGCUAUAUCUUAUCCACAACACAAUUUGGAGAAAAAAUUAGAGCAAUGAAGUUGGCUACACAAUGCGCAGUUGGAAAUCAUGCCAUUUUAAGAUCAUCCCUUUUCUUGUUCUACAUGUAAUAAGUUUCCAGGACCUGGCAAGUACUUUGUCUCAUACUUGGCUGGAGGGAUAUUUAUGCUGAAAGAGGAAAACAGGCUUAUCCAAGGCAGCUUUGGGAGUAUUAAGUAGGAAUUUGGGGAAUUAAGACAUACACAUUUCUGGUACUGUUUUUUUUCAGGAGUUCAGCACUGGGAGCAAUUUUCAUGGCAUCUUUUGAUAGCACCACUGACAACCAUGUUAAGCCUAGGAACUAAGAAAAUCUCAAACAAAUGUACAACCCGCUAGCCCAGUCCAUCUUAACAUUCAGAGAGUUUCUGCUCCAUGAUUUAUGGUGCCAGUAGGAAGCUGGUUUUAGAUGGAGUUUUACCUGAGACCAGUUAGCUAUCUUCAGCAUAUACCACCACACAAAUCCUGCCCUUGCAUUUUGUAAGAAGUGCAAAAAGGACUUUAUUUCUGUUUAUCUUCAACUGAGAGAAGCUGAUUAGUCUCCAGAAAAAGUUCCUCCCUUCAUCUGAAUCGUGACCAAUACAUAUUUCCUUUAACAAGUAGGAAACUCUAAAAAACAUUUGUGCAUUUUACUUUCAUGUGAGAGGUUUGUGGUUGGUUAAGGAAAAGAAAAACAGUAAUAACCUGUUUAGGGAGUUCAGAGGUGCUGCAAAAGGUCCUGCUCCUUUACAGCAAAUACACAGGUUUUGCUUUGGUCUGUUGCCCCAGUCACAGGAUGAAAAUUAAGGGACAAAAAUAAUUCAUCCAAAACCCAGAGCAGAAGGAAAACUAUGAUUCUGUCUGCGACAGCAACUUCUGUUCUCUGUGCUUAUAUAUGCCCUACACAUUCUGCAGCCUCCUGCUGCUAUGGAGACUGGCUAGCCAAAUACAGGAAAAUGCUGUGGAAAAACCCAUCUCUACCAUCUCAAUUGAUAUGAACACACAGUAAAGCUUCAAAGCAUGAGGCGUGACAGUUGCAUUCUUUUUUUCCUUUGAAAACAACAGGGAAGAAACAGGAAGAAAAAGAGAAACAUCCAUAUUCAUUUUCAUUCUUUAAUAUUGAAGAGUGAAAAAAGUGCAAAAUCACAAAACUUAAACCACCACAAAAUGCAGAUUGCAUUGUAUAUGACCACAACAAAGUGCCUGCAAAGUCUCACAGCGGACAUCAACAAACCCUAUUUCAACCUGCCUACAGUCUUUUAAACACCUGCUAAACAAACAGCAAUCCAUACAGAGUCUUAGGUUUUUCAUACAUCUCUAUGCCUUAACUCUACAUUUGCUUUCAAAUUCAAUAGUUUGUAUGUUAAAGAAAAUAGUGCCCCACUUCUGAAUGACCUCAAGCAUAUAAACGCAGUUUCCACCAAAUAAAAUGAGUAGUUAUAUUUUAACAGCCUUUUACUCGUUGAAUUCAAACUCGACAAUAAAGCUCAUCUUACUUAAGAACAGCAACAUUUCUUAAGUAAGCUUCAGUGUGUGCAGUAAGUGAAGCCACAUUGUCAAUCCUUCCAGCUCCAAGCCAGUAAUAAGGUAAUUGCACACAAGGCUGUUAAAUAAACACAUAUUAGUAUAUUGCAAAAAAAAAAAGGAUGGGCAACUUUUGGAGUAAUAGGUUAUACUUGAACUGACAGAAACAGACACAUGUGAACUCUGGCCAUUUCUGCAAAAAAACCUUCAUCUGAGUCUGCAUCAGCACAAACCACAUUACAGAUUCAGGGCACAAGUCACUAGCCUUUUUGUUGCCUGGAUGUGGCAUUACCCAAAGUGGCUGUUAUGUUAAAAUAUAUUUUGACUAAUUCCUAAUUUUCAGUAAUGUUUAAGGAAAUGACAAAAGGUUUAAGGUAAUGGGAGUCAGAUGAAGAGUAUGCUGCUUACACAUUCUUCUUCAAGGCUUAUAACCUUUCUACAUUAAGCUUCUCGUUUCUCGUGGCUGGAGCUAACUCCACCACACUCAGAGAGUCUUCUGAUUUCAUGCUGAUGUCCUUUUCCAGUUCACUUUGACAGAUUUUAUCUAGAAUCAAAGCUCUUAAAUUCACAGGGAAAAAAAACCAAACCAAACCUUUUUCCCUCCGAGCAACUAAAGCAAUCACAAACAAACAAACAGCCUCAAGAUAACCUGCUACAUCUGAUAAGGUGGUGCUGUCUAAGAACAUCCUGCAUAGCCAUGGGUGCUUCCUUGGAAGCAUCCUAUACAGAAACAAUACUGAAGUUUUCUCCUUCAACACUACAGACCUAUCUAUAACACUGAAACUUUAUUUCUCCUAAUUCACUUGCUCACUGCCAACUCCUUUGCCUAAAGUUAAAUAUAACCUGCUAAUGAAGAGCAGGUGACUAUAACAUGCCAUCAGUGGGAUUGUUCCUGAAGAGAAUGCAUCUUAAAAUUUUUCCAUGAAGUUUUCAAUAAAAUGGGAUUGAUACUAGUAAAUUGUUUGGCUUCUGCAGGAUCCUUAUGUCUGUUUGAAAGAGGUUUUAAGUUUCUGCUUAGGAUUCAAACUUCUAGAAAACUAAUGCCAAUUUUUUCAAAUGUGGGUACAUUCAAUUAUGGAUCUAAAUCUAAUUUUAGAUAGAAUACUGAAAUAUUGCUUGUCAACUUAUGUAUCAAACCUUAAGCUGUAGUUUAAAAUUCUGCCCUAAAACCAAUAUAGAAUUUUACUUUUAAAGUGCACCAUUAAAAAACCCUUAGAUGAUCAACUAAGGCAAUAACACUAUAUGCCAUCAAAGAGCUGUAACAGCUCACAAGCCCCUUAUCUGUAAAUGGGAGCAAAAAUACAUAUUAUAAGCAUAGCUUAGUCAUUCUGAAAAAUAUAUCCAUUAUGUGGUUUCAAACAUAAAAUGCACUUAGCAUUCACACUUGGGGGUGCAUCUGCACUCCUCUGCUUCAGAUUAAUUUUCCAGCACCAGCAUUGCUGCUCACCAUUUCCCAGUUUGGUGAACUAUUUCAUAAUACAGCGCUGAGUGCAUGCAAUCCUGGUCUACACAAAGAGUUACACCAUUGUAAUUAAACAGUGAUGCAAAAUUUGCAGUGCAAACAAAACCCUUGAGUUACUAUAUUUAAUUGCAUACCACACAAUAAGGCACCUUGCUUUUGAGAAGGCAGAAUGAAGGGGAAAAAAAAAGAUUUUUCCAGGGUCAUGGCUGUACAGAGUAAUUGUCAGCUCACUCACCCUACCUAUUCCCAAAAAUCAAAACCCUAGCUGCUGUUGAACACUGGUCUCUAUGGGUGAAUCUACAGUUUUAAAAAGAGCUAAAAACGUUCUGAAAGGUUGCAAAAUAGGAGAAGAGAGGCUAGGAAUAGCUUAAAGACAGGAAAAUUGUCAUAAGAAAGGUUUGCUUGAUUAAUGGAACAUGAAAGCUAUUAAAAAGGAGAGAAGAUUGUUAACACCUGUGGAGCAGAGAACAAUAAGCCAGUAAGUCAACUGAUUCUCUCAGCUGCCUGAAUAAAAGUGCACCCGAGGUGCUUCUAUUCUGGACAGAAAAUCAGCUUCCCCACUUAAGACACCCUCCCCACCCCCCCAAUUUUGGGGGAAUGAGUUUUGAGAAAAAACUGCAUGUGGUAUGCAAGUAAGUAUAAUAGUCUUUGAAAUGAUUGAUAUACCUAGUAUAGUUAAUCCACCUCAUAUCAAAAAUAGGGUAAAAUGUUAAACUAAAAGUAGUGCAUUUCCACUUCCUAUUUAUGUCUCUACUGAAAGGCAGUAAUCCAUUUAGUAAAAUCUAGUUUCUAUUGAUGGUAAAUAAACUGAGAACAAGCACCAUGCCAGAAUAAAAUGACUUAAGCUGGAGUGUAAUACAGGUCAAACACACAAAACUAAUGUUUAUGUAAGCACAGGAAAGAAGUUAAAAAGUUAAAAGUUAAUUAUCUGACACAAUCCACCCAUCUGGACUUAAAGUGUGGUUCUGCUCUGUAGAGUGCAUCUGUGUUUGUGCAUACAUGUGCAAAAAUAGCAGCCUCGUACUGCGUGUAUCUAAUUCCCUCUGCAAAUCCAGAGUCUGAUCUUAUUUCCUGAGUGACAAAAAUAAUUUUUCGUUACUAUUUUUUCUUCCGUUCCGUUUCUACAGAGACAGAGCUAAUGCUGCUCUUAAAGAGUUGGACUCUCUUCCAGAUUGGGCACCAACAGAAUUAAACAUGCUCUAAAUGGCAGAGUUGAAUAUUGCUCCUGUUGCAUGUACUUCUGCAAACCCAGUGAAAACAACUGGAUUUCAAAUGAUGUAAGUCAAGGGUGGGUAAAAUGCAGCCUGCCAGGCCAUUCUAUCUAGCCUCCAGGGCCCCUAAAAAAUUUAGAAAAUUAGUAUUUAUCUGCCCCUGGCUGCCUGUCAUGUGGCCCUCGAUGGCUUGCCAAAACUCAGUCAGCGGCCCUCUGCCCGAAAUAAUUGCCCGCCCCGAUGUAUGCGAAAGCAGAAUUUGGUCAAGGCAUCUAUUAUUUUUUAAUAUGCUCAACCCCCCCCAAAAAAACCCAUGUGAAAAUUUCAGGUCCCAGGUUGGAUUUUCAGGGCUAGCAGUUAAUAAGGCACCUUUUAUCUGUGAGGAGAGAAAGGCUGAUCUGGGAAAUAAGGCACAAUAAACAGGGGACCCAUCAAUGGCAUUUUUACAAUAAUUUUUCAGAGCAGACAGCACAUGAGUUAAUCCCAUUGUGCUAUCUGACAUGCUGUCACAGCGACCUUAGGUUCUUACAAUACCUAACAAAAUCAAGGCAAUAUGGCACACUAAAAAUAACCAGUUUAUAGUAUUAAUAUGCACGCUGCUGAAAUUGGAAGGAGUUUUCCACUGACUUUGGUAUAAAUGGGAUCUGGCCUCUGGAUUUUUUCCAUUUUUCUGCUGACCAGUUCUUUUUAAAAAUGUUAACCAAAUUAUUCUCUUCAAGACUGACCAAAACAUUUCCCUAAAAUAUAUGCCUGCUACAGUCGUUUCUUAUUAUAUAAAUGAUAAAAUGUAACAUAUAUUCUUAAUUCAUAGAUGUCAUUAAAUAAUGGUUGCUGAAAUCUUGCUAUUAGGUAUUGCAUAUAAGCACAUUAAAAUGGAACCGGAAAUCA